CUCACACUCCUUGUAGGACGUUCCUGGUCAAUGGUGGGCAAGAAUUGCCUGACUCGCAAGGACUAAAACCGAGCGACUAUGGAUUUUGGCUGGUUCGAUGACACCACUCCCGAAGACGAAUUUGGCAGGACAACAGUGCACGAGUUUAGACAUAUGCUUGGAUGUGUCCAUGAACAGUUCAGCCCUGGGAUCCUGUUCAAGUGGAACGAGAAGGCGGUCAUUGCAGAGUCCACCGACUCAAAACAAAAACCCCCAUGGACGGAGAGCGAGACUCGCUUCAACUUCAACAAUUUCAAGCCAGUGGACGCCACGAAAUACCCUGAAACUACUUGGGAUCCCAACUCCAUCAUGCAUCACGCAGUGAAGGCGGCAUGGACAAUGGGUCCGUGGGCAGGUCCUGGUGGGAAGCAGAUGGAUCAUGUUGACUAUAACAAUGUGCUUUCGAAACUGAACAAGGAGUUCAUUGGCUGGAUGCAGCCGAAGCACUGA